GCGCUGAAUAACUUUUCCGCGUACUGAGCAGAACUUCCUCAUUGAGGGUGCUAACAGCAGAGAACUCGACAGUCUUGCGACGGUUGUGAUUGAAACAGCACAGCGCGUUUCCUUUCGCUUUAUCCGCCAGCCUCACAAAUGUCGAAGCCUCCUCCCAAACCAGCCAAGCCAGGCCAAGUCAAGGUUUUCAGAGCUUUGUUCACCUUCGACCCACGGACACCAGAUGAGUUAUAUUUUGAAGAAGGAGACAUCUUGUACAUCUCUGACACAAGUGACACUAACUGGUGGAAAGGGACAUGUAGAGGAAGAACAGGAUUAAUUCCAAGUAACUAUGUGGCUGAGCAGGCAGAGUCUAUCGACAAUCCGAUGCAUGAGGCAGCCAAACGAGGCAAUCUGAGCUGGCUGAGAGAAUGUUUGGACAAUAAAGUUGGAAUAAACGGGCUGGAUAAGGCUGGAAACACUGCCCUCUACUGGGGAUGCCAUGGAGGACAUAAAGAUGUGGUGGAGCUUUUGCUCACCCAACCCAAUGUGGAGCUCAACCAGCAGAAUAAACUCGGAGAUACCCCACUGCACGCUGCCGCCUGGAAGGGUUACUCUGACAUAGUGGAAAUGCUGCUUAACAAGAAUGCGAGAUUAGAUAUCAGGAAUAACGAGAACAAGUUGGCUGUGGACAUGGCCACGAAUGCCCAGUGUGCGUCGCUUAUCAAAAGGAGGCAGGGAGGCCAAACCACCCGCACACACAGCAAUGCUGAAGAGUAUUUGGACGAUGAGGACUCGGACUGAGCUGGCCCCAUUAAACCAUUGCCUCUGUCUUCCAUUGGGUUUGGGGGUCGUGAUCCUUGCAGAGUUUUAUUACAGGACCUAAAAUGGAAUUGCUGUGUAACUGUAACUUCAUUUUAGUUCAGUUAUUUUGUUCAAACACCUCACUCCUCUGCCCUCAGCCUCACUUCAGUGUGAGUCUCAGAGCUUUGAAUUAAUGUGUUUUACAGUUGACCUGCUUUUUCUACCCCGAGUGGAUUUCCACACAUGGGGGAUUUGUCUUGGAGGAUCGAUUGUGCACUGUGGGCUGAAGGGCAGAGUAUAUGUAGUAGCGGAAAAGGGACCUAAACUCUUAGAAACACAUUCCAAACAUACAGCUUAUGUUUAACCUAUUAAAGUGCCAAUGCAGAUUAAAACAUUGAUCUGGUGUGUUUCUACUUAAGUUUUUCAAGCUCCACUUAAAUUGCUGAACUACAAACAUGACCAGAAGGAAUUGGAAACACAUUAUCACAACUACACUCCUUUAUGUACAUUAGGAAGACUAUUAAACAUGUAUUUAGCUCUAAUAUUUCCCCCCCUAAUAGAUUUCCCCACGUAUAUUCUCAACACUUAAAUUAUGCAUGCAACCGAUGUGCAUAAAUGGGCUUAAUGUGGCUGGAGUAUGUGUAAGCAUCUCAUCUGGCAGUAAACUCACCUGUUGAACUCUAUACUGCUUGUGUUUUUAUAACAUUUCCACCGCCGUUAAGCCCCCGCUUUCAGUUCACUGUAACUAAAAAUAAUAUUCCUCAUGUAAACUAAACAUUACUCUGAACUCUUUCAAGCUUUUGAUUUCCACCUUGGGAGCAUAUUUCUGGUUUUAUUGCUGCUUUCCAACAGAUUGAGGGGGAAAAAGUGCCUUAAAUGUAAAUUCGUGUUUGCGGUUGUUUUUCUCUUUUUCGGUGUGAACAUGUUUGUCUUCAGAGAUUAUGAAUUUCUUAAGAGGACUGUUCAGGAUUUCUGUCUGCUCUUUCUUCAGUCUCAAAUAAAGAUUUUUUUUAACUUA